AUGGCACCCAUCUUCAGAAACUACCGGUUCGCCAUCGGUGCUUUUGCUGCCAUCAUGCUUAUUUUAUUGAUUAAAACAUCUUCGACGGGUUCACUUUCUAUUUCACGUACGGUUUCACCCACUGCCAGUGUGCCAAAGACAUCGGGGGAUGUUUCUACUUUGCCCUUUGGUGACAAGCCAGGAUACAUUGGGAAUCCAAAGGCGGAACAAGAUUAUCCCGAGAUGGCUGAUGCUGUGAAAUCACAAACAAGUCAAAAGUGCAGCGAAGAACAUAGAUAUGUCGUCAUGAUCGAUGCAGGUUCCAGUGGAUCCAGGGUCCAUGUAUACGAAUUUGACGUUUGUACCUCUCCACCUACGUUGAUUAAUGAGGAGUUUAAAAUGUUGACGCCUGGUUUGUCUUCCUAUGAUACUGAUGCAGCUGGCGCUGCUGAGUCACUGGAUUCGCUAUUGGAUUUUGCUGUGGAUAAUGUUCCUCUCAAGGCCAGAGGGUGUACUCCGGUUGCUGUAAGGGCUACUGCAGGCCUACGAAUCAUAGGUGAUGCUAAAUCUAAAAAAAUACUCACUGCAGUAACAAAUCAUCUGGAGAAGGACUAUCCAUUCCCGAUUGCCGAAGGUAGUGUUUCCAUAAUGGACGGCGACGAAGAAGGUGUCUUUGCGUGGAUCACUACGAACUAUCUAUUGAAGAACAUUGGUACAGAAGGUGCCAAAUUGCCCACUGCUGCCGUUUUUGACUUGGGAGGUGGCUCUACGCAAAUUGUAUUUGAGCCCACUUUCCCAGAAAAUGAAAAAAUGGUCGAAGGUGAACAUAAGUAUGAUUUGAAUUUUGGUGGCAAAAUAUACACUCUAUACCAAUUCUCUCAUUUACGUUAUGGUCUGAUGGAAGGUAGAAAGAGGAUUAACUCUGUUCUUGUGCAAAACGCAAUAAAGGAUGGUAAGAUCACGAAGGGUGAUGGUUCCAAGACUCAUAAGAUAAUGUCUCCAUGCCUACCACCCAAAGUUAAUUCUUCAAAUGAAAAAGUUGAACUGGCAGCCGGAGAAACUUACACUGUCGAUUUUAUAGGGCCUGAUGUACCAACUGGUACGCAAUGUAGGUUUUUGACUGACCAAAUUUUGAAUAAAGAUGCCAAAUGUCAGUCUCCACCAUGCUCUUUCAACGGUGUUCAUCAACCUUCUAUGGUCCGUACAUUCAAGGAACUUAACGAUAUCUACAUUUUCUCUUUCUUUUACGACAGAACUCAUCCACUGGGCAUGCCAUCAUCCUUCACUUUGAAUGAAUUGAUGGAUCUGACAAGAACAGUUUGUAGUGGUGAGGAAACCUGGAAAAGUGUCUUCAGCGGCAUCGAAGGAUCCUUAGAUGAAUUGAAAAGUGACCCACACUAUUGUUUGGACUUGUCCUUCCAAGUAUCAUUAUUACACACGGGGUACGACAUUCCAUUGUAUAGAGAAUUGAGGACCGCCGAGAAAAUUGAUGAUACUGAAAUUGGUUGGUCUUUGGGUGCGUCGUUAUCAUUGUUGGAAUCCGACUUUGAAUGUAAAGUCAGCCAAAUCGAGUAA